CUCGCUGAGAAUGGAGGCGAAAAGUAGCAAUCGAUGUAGUUUCUGGCUUCCGAAGAAGAAGAGAUCAUGCGCGAAUACUCGAAUCGAGAGUUCUUUGUUUUGUGGGAACCAUAGCCAGAGAUUGGAAGGAGAAUGGACUCCAUGCCCUAUUGAUCCUUCUCACUCUGUGUUGCAGGAGAAUCUCGAAGGGCAUGUAAAGAGAUGUCCUUUACUUAAACAAACCGUAGCAUUGUCUGGUCAGAGAUUUUAUCAGAAGGGUAUUAAUGCCGGAAACGAAGAAGAAGAUGAAGAAGAAAAAAAGAUGGGGUCUUGUUCUCUCGUUACUUCUGAGAUGAAGAGGAAUCUGCUCUAUAGUAUGAGUGUUUCUAAGUUUCUUCAGCUAAUUAAGAAAAUUGAGGAUGUUCAUGGCGGUAUAUGUAAAGAUAUCGAAGAUUCGUAUCUGUCACCUGAAGCUUGUAACAUAUGGUUUAAUAAGGAGGUAGAUAGAAAAAUACCAUUUCAAGAGAAACACGUUUUACAGCAAGGUUCGAUUCUUGGUAACUUGGAAAAGAUUGGUGCAUUGAUGAAAUGCAACAAAAAUGUGGAAGAGAAAGACCAUAAGAAUGUGUCGGCUGUUGUAGAAUUUGGAGCCGGGAGAGGAUACUUAACACAGAUGCUAGCAGAUUGCUAUGGGAUCGAAAAAGUGUAUCUAGUCGAAAGGAAAUCUUAUAAGCUCAAGGCUGAUCGGUCAUUGAGGCAAAAGGAGAACUUAGUAUUAGAGCGUAUGAGAAUCGAUAUCGAGGAUUUUAACCUUAAUGCGGUUGAAUCCUUGCACGGUGUUCCUUAUGUGGCUGUUGGGAAACAUCUCUGUGGUCCGGCAACAGAUUUGAGUCUAAGAUGUUGUUUAUCGAGACAAGAUGGUGAAAGCCCCGUACUUAAAGGUCUGGCUAUUGCGACUUGUUGCCAUCAUCUGUGCCAAUGGAAAAGCUACAUAAACAAAGAAUAUAUCCUUAGCUUGGGGAUUUCCAAGGAUGAGUUCCAUAUCAUUUCUUCGUUCACUAGCUGGGCUGUAGAUGAUGAUCACGGUUCCAAUCUUCCUGGUGUUGACGACAUUGACCUUCUUGUUUCAAAUGCAAAGGAGGAAGGAGAAGGAGAAGUGAGAGAUGAUUCUUUGAGCAGCAUGGAGGAAGUUGUGAAAAAAAUGAAACCCAUGGAAAGAGCUGUUUUAGGUUUUAAAUGCAAACAGAUAAUAGAUGCGGGGAGGAUGAAGUGGGUUAAGAAACACGGGUUAGAUUCAAAACUAGUGAAGUAUAUUCCGGCAAGCAUCUCGCCUGAAAACACUUUACUGGUCGCCGGAUAACCCACUCCUUGUUUUGCUUGAUGUUGUAUUGUCGUUGUUUGUUUAAUUCAAUACUUGGUAGGUGAAGACUAGAAGAGAUAAACACAUGAUGUAUGACCGCAAUUUUGAUAUUUAUAUAUUUGAAAAAUCUCGUACAAGUAA